AUGCUUGGAUACCAAGAAUGCACUGAACGCGGCCCUGCAAAUGGUCGUAUGCGAUAUCAAAAUAGGCAAGCAUAUUUCGGUGACCCGUCAUCGAACGGUCCGCUACACCACGUCGUUCUAUGGGUGGAAGUGAAACCUAAGGCACUGGAUAGUCUUUUCGCGUGGACAUCCGUUACCCCGUUGAUUUGUCUGGUCAAUGACCGCUUCUCCAUGUUUGUCCACGGGUGCAAACAGCGGACACCUGGACACAUAUAA